AAAAAAAGUUCAUAUUAAAUUUUCAGAGUUGUAUUGUUUUUAGUACAAAAUUUUUACUUAAUGUGAAUAUUUUUUUUAAGACAAUAGUGAUAAUAUCUUCUUCACAUAUUUAUGGAGUGUUUAUUUGUGGUCGAUAAAAAUAGUGAUUAACAUCCUCACUGGAUGAUGAUAAUGACACUACACUUCAUUUUUGAAAGAAAAUCGACUAGGAUGGAGUGAUGGACUAAUGAAUUGCCAACUGAAGUCGCAGAAUUCCAAUAUUUCUGAAAGGAAAGGGUUCAACUACAAGUGAAGACCUUAAAUUAAAAUUUAAAAACACAAGGAAUAAUGUAGUGCGACAAAAUAAUGAAAGCGAGCUAUAAAUGGUAUCUGGUCAAACCAAAAACGAAUUUGUUAACCCUUAAAAAAUAAAUUUGUAAGAAAUUUGCAUGCGAUUUCCCUUAUAUAAGUCCCUUUCAAGCUUACCCACAAAUAAACACCAACAUUUGGACCUUUCACUCCACAGAGUAGAAAAUCCGAAAAAAAAAUUAAGGAAAUCAUCAAACCCAAAAAAGAAUCAAUUCAUGGCUUCAAGCGCCAUUGUCGCCCCUGAGAUCAGCCGAACUGACUUUCCUGAGGACUUCAUCUUUGGAGCUGCUACUGCUGCUUUCCAGGUUGAAGGUGCAGCAGCUGAAGAUGGUCGAGCACCAAGUUUAUGGGACACUUUUACUGUUCAAGAGCCCAAGAAUGUGAAAGAUGGCAGUAAUGCUAAUGUUGCUGUUGAUCAGUAUCAUCGCUACAAGGAAGAUGUAAAGAUUAUGAAGAAAAUGGGACUUGAUGCCUACAGAUUCUCAAUUUCAUGGCCUCGAGUGUUGCCUGGUGGAAGACUCAGUGCUGGAAUUAACAAGAAAGGAAUCGAGUACUAUAACAAUCUCAUUGACGAGCUUUUAGCCAAUGGAAUUGAACCUUAUGCCACCCUUUUCCACUGGGAUGUUCCACAAGCUUUGGAAAGUGAAUAUGGUGGUUUCUUGGACCGGAAAAUUGUGGAUGAUUUCCUGGACUUUGCGGACCUUUGCUUCUGGGAAUUCGGUGACCGUGUGAAGAACUGGAUGACUCUGAACGAGCCAUGGACAUUUGCAGUUAUGGGUUACACCGGUCAGGGCACGGCUCCGGGCAGGGGAGUUGUCAAAUCGGUUGAUGAAUCGGAACAUGUGAAAGAUGAGGUUCCUAAACACAAAUGUCACCGCCGGCAUUACGACGACGCCGACGAAAACGGAGAUCCGGGAACUGAGCCUUACAUUGUGACCCACAAUUUGCUCCUUGCUCACGGUGCAGCUGUUAAGUUGUACCGCCAGAACUAUAAGUGUCAAGGAGGGAAGAUUGGGAUUACUCUUGUAUCGCAAUGGUGGGAGCCAUUGCACAACACUGCACAAGAUAAAGAGGCUGUUGAGCGACAGGCUGACUUUAUGUUUGGAUGGUACAUGGCACCGAUCACAUUUGGUGACUAUCCAGACAGGAUGAAGACAAUUGUGAAGAACCGGCUUCCCAAAUUUACCAAGGAUGAGAGUCAAAUGUUAAGAGGGUCCUUUGAUUUCCUCGGAUUGAACUACUACACUGGUCGAUACGCAACCGAUAUCUCCAACGAACCGAUCAGUGUUGUUUCUUAUAACACUGAUGCAAUGGUCAAAACUCAAGUCACUGCUGCUGAUGGUAGUGAAAUCGGGGAACAGGCUGGUUCGGAAUGGUUGCGUGUUUUUCCACUUGGGAUGUUGCAUCUCCUCAGGCACAUUAAAAACCGUUACAACAAUCCAAUCGUCUACAUCACAGAAAAUGGUAGUAAUAUUGGAAAAUCAGCUUCUCUUUCGGAGAUCAGUAUUGUUCAUAGCGUAUUAAACAUAUUUUUCGCUGCUGUCUUAUGAUUCAUAGGUUAUGAUGAGGUGAAUGAUCAUACGCUUACAAUAUCAGAAGCUCGAAAGGAUGUGAAAAGGAUCCAUUAUCAUCAGGAUCAUCUGAAAUAUGUGAAGCAAGCCAUGGAGUAAGUCCUUAAAUACUGUUUUAUUGUAACUUCAUUUUUUAGGAUUUAGGCUGUUUUCAUAGAGCUCAUUUUAUGUCUCAUUCAUGAUGGCAGUGAGAAAUCAAAGGUUCAAGGCUACUUCAUCUGGUCAUUCAUCGACAACUACGAGUGGCAAGAGGGCUACACGGUCCGUUAUGGUACCAUUUAUGUCGACUACAGGAAUAACUACACAAGGUACCCUAAAUGGUCUGCAAUUUGGUUCAUGAAUUUCCUCAACAAAACCGAUGGAGCUAAUCAGAUCGAGCAGCAAAAUACCGGAACCAAGAGGCCACUGCCUUCCGGUGUCGACUUGGGAGCUGACUCCCCCGGCCAGAAGGGUCCGAAGAGGAAGGUUAUUUACAAGGUUUAAGGCCUGACAAAUGGCACAAGUGAAGGGAAACUCUGGUUUUAAGUUACUUUCAGUUGAUUGUUUUUGAUGAAUAAAAGCAUGCACAAGCCAUUAAGGCCUCUGUGUGAUUGUAAUAAAAGAUUUGGUUUAGGUCAGCUUUGGGACAGUUUGUAAUGUUUACAUUCUUGCUGUUCUUAGGGACUGAGUUUGUUUCUGAAUUUCAAAUGUUGUUGUAUUACUACUUCAAUGUCAUUUAAUUUGAGAAAGUUCUACUCAUAUUGAUUGGGUUAUGCUGGUGCGUGUUAAUUUCUUCCAUUGGACUUUCAAUACUGUGGAUGUACAAUAAUGUUAACUUCAUGGUACACUCCAAUUAUAACCAAAGGUAGGUUGGUAUAACCACAUGAUUUUUUCUUGGUUAUUAUUAUUGAAACUUCUG